AUGUCGCUUAUCAACCUCCGCCUGCUCACUGCCGGUCGGAAGGCGACGCUAGGUGUGGUUGGGUCCUCAUCACGCUCAUUCUCCCGCGGCUCGAAUACCUGUCUGAGUGAUGCCGAUCCGUUUGGUUUCGAUCGGUCGCAAUCAUCGCAAUCGCUCAAAUUUCGCAAGCCUGAUACAUCUCCUCAGCAACCGACUACGCAAGAGAUCCAGCCCUCGGACCCGAAGCGGACAACCGAUCGAUCGUCGUCCCUCUUGGGUGGAGAUAUCUUCCGUCGAAUGGCAGAAAACCGUCAAAGUCAGCUACAGGACUUGAGAAGGUCGGACGAUAGGAUGAAGAUUAAUCGGGAGGAAAAAGCCAGUUUGGAUCAACUAUGGAAGAGCGCUUCUCAGCUGAAGAUCCAGAGCCAUUUCGGACCAUUGACUCCGGCCAGCUCCCGAGUGAUCCGAACCGUCCGGAUUCCACCCACCUCGUUCCUCAACCGUCCCGUGCUGGCCUCAGACGUCGAACGCUCUUACAAGAAACUUUCCAGUUGGUUGAAUGCCGCCGGAUUGAGGAAAGAAAUCUACCUCAACAAACGCUACGAGAAACCUUUCCUCAAGCGUCGACGACUGAGGAGUGAGCGUCACCGUAGAAGAUUUGCGAUCGAGGUCCAACGAAGAGUUCAAAUUAUUAACGUAAUGAGGAUGAAAGGAAUGUAA